ACCACAUCGAUAUUCUUUCGAGAUCGCGCUCGUCGUCUGAGUGCAGGCUAACGAUCGGUUGGGUUCGGUAGCACCGCGACAUAUACUUGCGCGCGGGGAUUCUGAUCAGGCGCAGGUCCAUUCGGAAGCUAUUGGUACGGGACAGAGAGGAUUAGAAACGGAUAUUAGAUCAUUGGAGAAAUCUAGGAUAUUUUGAGGAUACUUCGAACGGAUUCAUUUGCUCAGUUGUACUGGGAGAAGCUUUUAACUUUUCUAUAUCAGGAUAUAGCUCUAUCGAUUUUUUUCUGAAGAUAUACAUUUGGAGUAACUUUCCGAUAAGUGAGACAAUUUAUUCAUUUGAUAUUUAAACCAAGUCGGGUUGACGUGAUGUUCUGACAGCGAUAUGGGUAAGCGAUUCCAGAAUGCUGCCCGGGGUGACACACACCCUGUUGACGCAACAGCCACAUUGGAGACAAAAGUAAUUGUCGCAGUAGCCGUGGUCGCUGGGUUUGUUUUCUUUGCGUCUGUUGCGUACAUUGUUUGGCGAUGGUACACCAAGGGACGGGCAAACUCGGAUAAACUCAAGGAAGGAAGUUCCUUGCUUGCUCCGCCACAAGAUGGGGAGGAGAGCCGUCGACCCUCGUCUUCAAUACCACCGGUUGUAAGCGAACCAGGGAAGAAAAUUGAGUUCAUUCUCCCGAUGACUCUGUGUACAGGUGACGACGAAUAUGACAAUGUACAACCCCUGGAUGACCGCAGGUACAGUCUCCCGCUAGAGAUACCUCUAGAUGCGGACGGAAGGCGCCCUUCGACUUCCUCUCUCCACAAAAACAUGCCUAGACGGUCGAGCUUUGACGCAUUUUCAAUUCAGGCCAAAGAAGUUGACAAAGAUUUGUAUGACAGUGGAGACGAGUUCAGCCAUUCUCCACGAGGUCUUGGCAAAAUUUGCUUCAGCCUCAGCUACUCCACACGCCUCAACUCUCUUACCGUCGGUAUCAUAAAAGCAAUACACCUGCCCGCAAAGAACAUCAGGGAGACAGCCGACCCUUUUGUAAAGGUCAAAUUGUUGCCGGAUAAGAAGCCAAAGUAUGAAACCAAAACACACCGAGGCACCAUGAAUCCUGAAUUCGAGGAAUAUUUUGUGUUCCCCAUCCGCGAUGGUCCCAUGGAAGAGAAGGUCCUAAAGCUGACCGUUUGUGACCACGACAGGUUCUCUCGACCUCUUACUAUUGGCUAUGCUUCUUUUCCUUUGGGAGAGCUGAAGAAGGAGCAGAUAGCUGACCCCGACGCCGAGGAAGUGGAGGGACAUGCUGUGGAGGUGGGCGGCAUUGUAAAAAUCGACGAGAUCUGGAGGGACAUACAUGCCGAGCUACCGACGACCUUUAAACGCACAAUGAUGGUUCGAUGGAAGGACCUCAAUAAGGGGGAGCUCCUCUAUGCCUUGGCUUACGACCCCAACCAGGGAACAAUAAAAGUUAUCAUACUGAAGGGUAAAGAUAUCAAAUAUCCAGAGGCCGCCAGAGAAACAAACGGCGUUUACGUAAAGGUCAUUCUCAACUCAUCUGAGCACAUGAUCAAGUCCAAGAAAACAAAGACACACAGACGACGAACGAACCCGGUAUUUAACGAAGAGUUCUGCUUUUUCAUCAACCCAGCAAACAUCGACCGGCUGAGUGUCACAUUCUCUGUAUGCGGACGCAGCAUAAUUGGAAAGAAUAGGGUGAUUGGGAAAUCUAUUUCUGGUCCGGUGAUGUACGCCGCAGGACAAGGCCUGGAACACUGGAAGGAAAUGAUGUACGCCCCAAGAAGUGUGAUAUCCCAAUGGCACACGUUGGUCUGAACGGAUUCGAAACGAAGUUUGGAAUCAACUUCGUCAUCCGCCAAAUGGCAGCACAUGUCAUGUUUGUCAACAAAUGGCGGAUUUUUCAUCUGGGCUUAGGGUAUUUUAUGACAUGAUUGUCAACGUGCUGGAAUAUGCACCAUGUUAUUUUAGGUAUUCUAUAGCAAACCUGGAUGGUGAAAGUGCAUGUGGAAUCCCGUGACGUCAUGUUACCCCUCCUGUAGGGCGCCCCCAGUGGCCAUAUCAGAGAUCACCCGUAUGUGCUCGUGUUCCGUUAUCCCUGUCACUAAUGUAUAGAGAAUAAUCUUGUAGAUACUAGGCCUAGGCCGAAUCCCAAGGAAAAAAAUAUACAUAUAUAUUAUUGUGUAUAGAACUUGUAAUCGUGUAUUUGUAUACUCAUUUAUGUAUAGCAUCGAAUGUUAACAUUUAUUGUAAAUACAAUCAUGUACAUAAUUAUAAUUGUAAGUUGGAAAAGAAAUCAAAAGCCACAUUUUUAAAUUGAGUCGUCAAAAAGAUCGACUAUACAAAUUUUAUUUUAAUUGGCAACGCGUAUGAGCUUCGGAUGGAACCUUUGGAAUGAUUCAUGUAGAACCUACAUCUGUUUGUAAAUAGGUGCUUAGUCAUGUUAAUAGGCCUAUGACUUAAUCAUGGUUUGCACGUUUAGUGCCUAAUAGGUUCACCGACUCCACCAUCCCAAUUUCGGUUGAAUCUCGAUCAGUUCGGCAAGCAACGACUGCUUUAAACCAAUAGGAAUUUGAAAAGAACAUUUUUAUUUCUGUAAUGAAUGAUCAUGUGAUGUAAGGAAUUUUAAGGUGUAUUGUCAAGUCGACCCUCUAGUACCCAUCCUGGUGCCAGUCGGUUCUUUUCAAUAUACUCCGCCUCUCGAUAUUUCAAUAUUUCUUGUAUACGAGAUUGGAGUAUCAAAAACCUGUAUCUCAGGAUGUCUAGUAUUAACCAGCAUAAAAAUAUUGAUUGCCUGACAACAUUGGCAGGAAAAUGGUGACCUCGAAUGAUAGGACAGGAAAUCGAUGAUAUUGGCAUUUUUAGGUACUUAACGUCACAGUCACUUCUUAUUUCCUUUUAUUGUAUCGCGCAACUUGUAUUGGGCCAGCCUUAACAUGGCUACAGAAAAACAUCGACGCAAUUAUUGAAAUGUGAUAUUUUGCAGGUUGUUAUGAUUAAUACGUUCGCUAUACGGCGUAUUUCUGAAGGUUCAUAGUUUUUGGAUAUGAUUAUCUGGACGGCGGUUCAGAUUACUGUACUUGUGACAGGUGACAAUAGAUUCGCCAUUAUCUGCCCAAAAAAAUCUGGAGGGGCCAAAGGCCUUUUUUUAAUUGCUUCUAGCCAUCCAUUUCACCAGGCACAAAAAGAUUAAGCGGACAAGUCAAUAUUGACCCGUAACCCACAUAUUAAUUUGAAUCGCCAGCACUGGCGUUGGCCUUUUGGUGGUUUGUGUACAAAGUGGUAUCAGCACUGACCUAUCAUGUAUAGCUUCAACCGAGAAAAUAAUUAAUAGAUCCCGCCUACAUGUGAUUGGAAAGAUAACAGUUUAAGUAUCAAAAAGGUAUAUGUGCGACUGAAUAUUUUUUCCUUAAAUUGGAUUGCUGAGUGACGACUAAACCGAGAACAAGGCGGAAGUGAAAAGUUGUAGUUUAAAACAUUCUUGAAAGGCGAGCCUGCGUAAGUGGUACUCCUAGUGAUUGCAAACUUAUCAGUCUCACUCGUACAGAUGUAAGUCAGUGCAAUUGAUUAAACGUUAUACCAAAACAAUUCGAGUUCGGCACCAGCGCACCAGUCAAAUUAUGGAAAGAUUUCAGUAAUCCAGGUCACGUGAAGUGAAAGAUUGCGUCCUCGGCAUUUUGCUGCGAUGAGGUAAUAAAAUGUUACAAUGUACAAUAUUGUCAAUUUCUUUGCAUAAUUAUCUUAGUUUAACAAUUGUUUUACCACACCAUGUAUAGUGUAGUUCUUACCGUAUCAUGUUUUCGCUGCGGGUAUGCGCUGGCGCAUUGUUUUCGGGGGAAUUAUGCAAAUCAGAUUGUUGGCCGUUGGUUUUUGAUUGAUUCGGAAAAAACGCGCCGGGCACUAUCACAGUUCUUGCCUUAUGGUACAACAUUUUGUGUAUGAGUUUUCCGGUAUAAUUCCUCGUCGCUUGACCUGGUAUAUCGGGUGUCAAAAAUAACAAUAUCUCAAUUAUUUGAAUGUCAAAUUAUUUUAAACCUCUCAUGGACCAAACUAAGGAUAUAAAUAUUCUAAGCAAGCCCUGAAAAUACCCAAGCACCCCGCGAGUAGUGCUGUAGAUACGAAAUGCAAGUAAAAAAUAUACACAAUGUUAGGACAACUAAUCAGAACCACCUCGUGAAUAUCGUUGGAGCAUACAGGGUUCUUCAUGUACAUGUAAUUGAAUGUAAGAAACUUUUACUCCUGAAUAAGAAAACUUAUAUGUGAGGAUUUACUAGAAAGGAAUGGUUCAAAUAGAAUAAUUGAUACCGUUUGGUCUACAUGUAUUGCAUGUCUUAGCUUAGGCAUUAAAUGGUGAUAUUUCGAAAUAGGAUUAGCAGCGUGUAUGAAACGUCCCUUCGUUAUUAGCAACUACUCUAUAGUUCACGGCUCUAUCAGACGGCUUUUCUUAUUUGGGGCAUGACCGUGAUAGAGCAACGGGAUGACAUCGUCACCGUUGGACAACACCCUGUCGUCCGUCUAUAUCGUUAUCGAAAAGCUUAGGCGCUGAAUGGUGCAGAGAAAAAUAUAACUUUAACUAAAAUAAAAUCAUGUGUACAUGGGGAGGAUACAUAUUGUUCGUCAGAUCACACUAUACAUUAGUUGGGAAGGUUGAUGACUUUCGCAUCAACCGCUUUUAAAACUGUGACGAGGUCUCCAGUUCGACAUGGGUUGGAAAGAUUGAGAUAUGGGAGGGGCGGGUUUUCUGACAUCGUGAGUUUUCUGAUACAUGUAUUGUGGCUUUGUAAAGCUAUUCCCAAGUUGACAGAAGGAUUUAUCACUAGUGAGAGCCCUGAAUUUCGGAGAAGAUUGAUUUUCCAAGGCCCUUUCACAGAAAUUUUAGCUUUGCAACUGAGUAAUUCUAUCUGUGUUCUUCGAUCAGGUCGCAAAAGGGUGGCUGCUGCAAUAAUGAACCAAUCUUUGCAGCAAUCUUUUCACCCUUGGUCGAAAGGAUCUUUGGGAUGAUGCCGAUUUUGUUUUGUUGUUGUUGAAAAUGCCAAUUGGUUAGAAAGUUUUGAUACAGUCAUUUUACAUCGAUUGGCUUGGGAUAGAACAAAAAAGACUUAUCAAACUGAUGUCCAAAACGAGCAUGGUUGAUUGGACCAUAACUAACUUAGAUUGAAAUAGAAAAUGAUUGUAUUCACUAUCCAGCUUGGGUUUCAGUGAAAGAUCUCCCUUUAUAAACAGUAUCGUGGUUCAAAUUAAUGUACCCGUCAAUUACAGGUCGCCGGAAAUAGGUUACCGACUCGCCGGCAUCAUUUGCUGCUCGUCGAGGGGCGAAAGGAUUUUAGAGGCUGAAAAGCAGUUUUUCGCCCCCCCCCCCCCCCCCCCCCCCAUUUACACCAGACACAAAGUAUUCCAGCGAGCCUCCAUUAAAUUUCCUGCGACCCGUAACCAGCACAUUCAUAUGAACACCACACUGAUAAUGCUCGAGACUGUUUUCGCCGGUCCCAUUGAAACAUAAUAAUCUGUUUUGUACGGUGUGCGAUUUUGGUAAUGCAUUACAAAUCGCGUUGACUUUUGCUGUUUGUUCAGGGAAAUAUGAGAGAUGACAGCUUGUUGUAAUCGCCAACCACCCUACCAUUUACCUGAUUAAGAGGAGGUUUCUACUGAAUGCGAUUUUUGCGUGAUUUUUUCAUUGUUUAGGUGCAUUGCGGCGUGAAGUAAGAAAGUACGACCGCAUGCGUUGUCGCAAUGCGAGUUGACGCGAUUUUGCAUAUACUUCGCAUCAUAUGCGAUUUUUGCUUUGUUUGGGUGCAAUGUGGCGUGAAGUAAGAAAGCACUGUAUACAUGCAUUGUCGAAAUCGUAUUCAUUGGGAACCAAUGCGACAAGCGCGAAUAGUUUGCUUGGACGAUAUCGCGCGUACGUGUACGAAUAAAGUAAUUCCAUGUUUAAAUGGGACCAUGGUUUUGAGAGUGUUUGUUAGGUUUAUUAGCUCACGAAAAAAAGCUACACGUGACAGGAGUGGCCGUCACGUAGUUUAAUGUAAGUAACUGUAAAUUAUAGUGUUAAAUAAACUGUUAUAUAUUUCA